GAAGUGUGGCAACAGAUGGUGUAAUGGGAUUGUUUAUCGUUCUGUCCCAGUUGACUUCAGUGGUUCUUUUCAGGCUGUAGCGUGUUUAACGGACAUGAACGCACUACUGGACCGCUUUCACAACUAUAUCUUACCACAUUUACGAGGAGAGGACCGUGUCUGCCACUGCAACUGUGGAAGGCAACAUGUGCACUAUGUGAUCCCUUACGAUGGGGACCAGUCUUUGGUGGACUCGACAGAUAACUACUUUGUGAGUGAUGGCGUGACAAAGCAGGAGAUGGACCUGAUGCUCGGUUUGCUAGUGGGCUUCUUCCUCAGCUGGCUGCUGAUGUGGCUGGAUGGGGUGCUACAUGCUGCUCUCAGGGCCUGGAGGGCCAAUCAGCACUCAGAUUUUGAAUCCCUCUCCCGUGCUUAAAAUUCAGCAUUUCUUUUGCAUCUUAAUGUCCAGCUCUCUCCAACUACACCUCAUUUAGUUCUCACCCAUUGCCUGGUUCGCCUGUGAAAAGUCAAAGUUGUCUGUCAUGGUAUCGGAUGUCAUCCCUUCAUUUGUUUAAUCACUUCUCUCUUUUCUGCACUCCACCGCUCAGUCUAUUAGAUGGGUCUACUUGGAUCACACCUCUAUUCUCACACACAAAAAGAGUUGUGUCAAAAAACACAUCUGUAAAACAGACCCACCCACCAGAUUACUUACCACACAUUUGCUGUUAUGUCCUACAUUUGCUGUUGUCCUACCUUCACUGUUGUGUGUGUUUUCCCCACCCUUCUUCUCUGUCCUUUGCCAUGUCCAGAUGUGUUUUCCUGGUCAUGGGUUCAUCGCUUUUGCAACCUGAGAGACCUGGGUAGACGGGUGCACCUGAGAAAACUGGAGGACUCAAGUGUGAACCUGGUGCACAUUAAG